AUGACCCACGCUGCGUCUUCGUUUUCGCUUCCUCCUAAUAUUAUUAGUAGUCGUCGUCGUCGUCGUCGUGUGAACAACAACAACAACAACAACUCUUCGUCUCUCUCGAACAACAAGAACAAUAGUAUCGAGAAGACCACAUUGAAGUCUUCAAUCAUCAUCACUCCUCGCGCAUCAUCGUCAUCAGAUAAAAUGACGUCAAAACAAACAACGAUAGGAUUCCUCGGGGCUGGAAUUAUGGCCGUCCCGAUGGCUUUGAAUUUAAUCAAUAACGGCAAUCAUAAUUUAAUCGUCUGGAACAGAACGGCUUCGGCAUGCGACCCGUUGGUCAAAGCGGGAGCGACUCUAGCGAAGACUGCGCAAGAGGUGUGCGAGAAAGCGGACGUGACGUACGUCAUGGUGAGCACCCCGGAGGCGACUUUAGAAGUUGCCACCUUGGCCAAAGAUGGUGUCUCUGACGGGAAAGGAUACGUCGACUGUUCUACGGUGGACAGACACACGGCCCAAAAAGUAUCGGAAAUGAUCACCAGCAAAGGUGGUCGGUAUUUAGAAGGACCAGUGAGCGGAUCGAAAGCGCCGGCGGAGAACGGGCAGUUGAUUUUCUUAUGCGCCGGGAGCGAGAGUCUGUUUAAAGAAAUCAACGCCGACGACGCGAAUCAACUAAAUAAAAUGGGCAAAGCGAGCUUCUUUUUAGGCGAAGAAGUUGGUGCCGGAGCGAAUAUGAAAUUAAUCGUUAACUCGUGCAUGGGUUCAAUCAUGGCGUCGUUCGCAGAGUCAAUCGCGUUGUGUGAAGACGCAAGCUUAUCGAAACAAGACUUGUUAGACGUGUUAGCGCUCGGAGCGAUUAAUGUUCCGAUGUUUGGCAUGAAAGGUCCGGGGAUGAUUGCGAGCGAUAGGAAUACAAAGUUUGCGCCAGCAUUUCCUUUGAAGCAUCAGCAAAAAGACAUGCGUUUGGCCGUCCAAUUGGCGGACGAACUCGGUCGCGAGUUACCAGUUGCCGCAGCCGCAAACGAGAUGUAUAAGCGAGCGAGACGAGACGGGCACGAUGACGAGGACUUUGCCGCCGUGUUACACGCCGUGCGAAGAGAGUAA